CCCCUCUCGGCCCGGCUCGAUGGGGUCCGGCGUGUCGUCGAGCAUGGCGCUGGCGCUGGCGGGCUUCUGCUUCAGCGUCCUCUUCAUCGUCUUCGUCUGCACGCGCCUCGCCUGCGCGCUCGUCCGCCGGCGCCGGCGCCAGGCCCGCGCCCGCCUCGCGGCCGCCCCGCCGCUCCCGCACUACGCCCACGGCUACGCCGACCCCGACCCUUUCCCGUCGUUCCGCGCCGCCCGCCACCACCACCACGCCCCGGGCCUCGAUCCCGCCGCCUUCCCCACCCGCGCCUACGCCGCCGCACAAGCCUCCGACUCCGACGACGGCUCCCAGUGCGUCAUCUGUCUGGCGGAAUACGAAGAGGGAGACGAGCUCCGCGUGCUGCCUCCCUGCAGCCACACCUUCCACACGGGCUGUAUCAGCCUGUGGCUGGCGCAGAACUCGACGUGCCCGGUCUGUAGAGUCUCGCUGCUCGUGCCUGAUACUAGUACUACCCCUGAAAGCGAACACUCUGCACCCCAUCCUCCUCCUCCUCCUCAUCAUCAUCAUCAUCUGUCCAGCAUAGUGAUAAUAAGCCCACCAAGCUCCCCCGAACCGUCGAGAUCGGACCCGUGCCGAUGCCUGUUCGCCAGCGGUGGUGGGCACUCGUCAAGGGCGGCAGAGGCUCCUCCUCCUCCUCCUCCUCCCAGACACGAGCCCGACCAGGUCGUAUCUGGUCCACCACCGGCAGCAGAUGGGGCUAGCGGCUACAGCUCGCCGUUGCCUGAAGUUAUUCACCCCGCUCCUGCUCCUGAAACCAACGGGCAGACAGUACGGAAGCAGGCGGGCAGCAGAUCUACUACCCCGCUAGGCCCCUGCAAAUAGCGGCCGCUCACUCUGUGUGGGUGGGUGGGGUGAACAGGUGGUGCGUGGUAAAAGCGAAGUAGAGAGAAACAAGCGACUUGAAGAGGCCUGGGUUCGUUCGUGUACAUACGAUCGAGAAAUCGUUUCAGGUCAUUCAUUCAUCCAUUCAUUCAUCCAUGGGCACAUACUGUGGUAUUACGGAGUAUUACGGUGUACGUGUAGUGUGCCGCAGGAGAGACGACGCGACGGCAGCAGUGCGUUUUCCAUAUGCGACGGGACGGGAGCAUUCGAGGAGAUGAUGGCAAUGGCAUGGUUUUGUGUACUGUACGGUAACAUUUGUCGCUGGGAAUUAAUAAUAAAAAACCCGUGGCUGGCUGAUGCAGCA